GCACCACAUACAUCUCACAUGCACACUUAUCCCUUAUAUGUACGUACAUUUAUUAUAACAGUAGUGUCUCGUGUCAUUUUCAAUUGUCACUUCGAACUGCCAAGUUCAAUUUGCCGGAUUAUUAAAAAUAAAACAAUCUACACAUCGUUGAUUAAAAAUCACAAGUAUUAAUUAUUUUAAAGUACAAAAAUUAUUCAGAAAUCUAAAAAUGAGCUCUGAAAUAAAUUCAAUACCCUACUCCAAAAGUGGAGACAAAGACCAAGAUGAGAAACUAUUACAACCAUUCACUUAUAUUCUCCAAGUUCCUGGGAAACAAAUCCGAGCAAAAUUAGCACAUGCCAUGAAUUGCUGGUUAAAAAUUCCAGCGGAAAAAUUGCAAGCCGUGGGAGAUAUUGUGCAAAUUCUCCACAACUCAAGUCUUCUCUUAGAUGACAUACAAGACAACUCGAUUUUACGCCGCGGAAUCCCGGUAGCCCAUUCAAUUUUCGGUGUCCCAAGUACAAUUAACGCCGCUAAUUAUGCAAUCUUCAUAGCCCUUGAGCGAGUGCUUGCUCUGGAUCAUCCGGAGGCAACAAAAGUUUACACGGAACAACUAUUAGAGCUUCAUCGAGGACAAGGAAUUGAAAUUUACUGGCGGGAUAAUUAUAUUUGUCCAACAGAGGCUGAGUAUCGCCACAUGACUAUGAGAAAAACUGGAGGAUUAUUUAACCUAGCUAUACGCCUAAUGCAAUUAUUUUCCGAAUGCAAGGAAGAUUUUUCAAUGCUGACGGGAAUCCUAGGUCUCUAUUUUCAAAUAAGAGAUGAUUACUGCAACCUAUCAAUGCGAGAAUACUCGGAUAACAAAAGUUUUUGUGAAGAUUUAUCAGAAGGCAAAUUUAGUUUUCCAAUUAUCCAUGCUAUCCAAACAUACCCAGAAGACCGACAAGUACUAAAUAUACUAAGAAAAAGAACAACGGACAUUGAAGUAAAGAAGUACUGCGUGACUUUGCUGGAAAAGUUCGGCUCGUUCGCCUACACGAGAACAGUUCUCGAGGACCUGGACAAAAAAGCGAGGGAUGAGGUUGAGAGAUUGGGUGGUAAUCCGUUGUUCAUUGAGUUUCUAGAUAAAUUGAGCAGCUGGCCCAAAAAUCCGAUGUCUCUUGAUGUCGAAAUGAAUGAUCUCAGUGCUUCCGAUUAAGUUUUUGCAAUUACCAAUUCAUUAAUCAAUCUAUGUUCUGAUGAUGAAAAAUUAUAGAUAAUUAUAAUAUAAUAAUAUCACUAAAAGUGAAAUGUGAGACAAUAUUAAACGAUGGCUUUAAUACGCUUUUAACUCUUAA